AUGUCCGACACGGCCCUUUCUGAACCAACGGCGCUCCCUGCGCUCUCCGAUGCGCCUCCAUCCAGUGCCGGUCGCUCCUCCGGCACGGCGGCACCACUCGACCAGCCGCCGCCACAGGCCGCCAUUUCCGAUGAGCUCAAGGCUCGUCUGGACAAAGUGUUAUACUCCGAGAUCGGAAUCACCACUCUCCUGGCUCGAUUGAAGCAGAGCGUGGCCUCUGCUAGGGAUUUCUCAACCUUUUUGAAGAAACGAGGUGCCCUGGAGGAGGAGCAUGCUCAGGGGCUGCGGAAGCUGUCUCGUGCCGUUAACGAUGCUGCGCAACGCACCGAGAACCGACAGGGCACCUACAGCUCCAGCUAUAAAGAUAUACACCGCCUGCAAGAGCGCAUGGCCGAUCAUGGCUUGCAAUUCUCCGUCUCCCUCCAGCAAAUGGCCGAUGAUCUGCACGAGCUGUCGACCAAUAUUGAACGGGGUCGCAAGCAGUGGAAACAGACUGGAUUGGCGGCAGAGAAAAAGGUCAUUGAUGCUGAAGCUCAGUCUGAAAAGGCAAAGGCCAAAUACGAGUCAUUGGCGGAGCAGUAUGAUCGCGUUCGAACGGGUGACAAGGCCGGUGGAAAGUUUGGCUUGAAGGGUCACAAGUCGGCGGCUCAGCAUGAAGAGGAUCUUUUGCGUAAGGUCCAGCAUGCUGAUAGUGACUAUGCUUCCAAGGUCCAGGCAGCCCAGGCGGCGCGCCAGGAAUUGGUGUCUACCCAUCGGCCACAGGCAGUGCAAAACCUCCAGCAGUUGAUUGCAGAGUGUGACUCGGGGUUGACCCUACAACAGCAAAAGUUUGCUACCUUCAGCGAGAAGCUGCUCCUUGGCCAAGGUCUUUGUGUCAGCCCUAUGAAGGCGGAGAAUGGAGCCCUUGUCCCGAAGAGUCUGGCCGAGGUGGUCCACCAGGUUGACAACCAGAAGGACUUCCAUGACUUUAUCCUCAGCCACGAGGGGAAUCCAGGUGCCGUCAGCGGACCAGAGGUCAAGUAUGAGCGGCAUCCAACCCUAGGAGGCGGCCCAGCCGUAGCACCAGCCGCAGGCCCGCCGUCUCAGACGAGCACCCAAGCCAAACAACAAUCUACCUUGCCCGGAACUUUCUCUCAGCCCACCAUCGCUUCUCCAGCUAGUCAACCACCCCAGAGUAGCACAGAUCGUUUCCAACCACUUCCCUACCCAACACAGGGGGAGCCUCUCUCGGCACCUCCGUCACAAGCACCGUACCCCGUCUCCGGUCCCCCUGCUCACGAACCUGCACCAGCUCCAGUUCACCCUCCAGCGCCAAUGAUGGGUGGUUCAGCUCCCCUGAUGCCAGGUCCCCCACCAAUGGACCGGGCUGCUCUGCAGUCCAGCCUGCCACCGCUGAAGCCAGUGUUUGGCGUAUCUUUGAAUGACCUGUAUGCUCGAGAUGGAACCGCGGUGCCCUUCAUCGUCUACCAGUGCUUCCAGGCCGUGGAGCUCUUUGGUCUUGAGAACGAGGGUAUCUACCGUCUCUCCGGCAGUGCCAAUCAUAUCAACCAUAUGAAGGCAGUCUUCGACAACGAUGCCUCUAAGGUCGAUUUUACCAGCCCGGAGAACUUCUACCAUGAUGUCAACAGCGUGGCAGGCCUUGUCAAGCAGUUCUUCCGGGACCUGCCUGAGCCGCUGUUCACUUCGCAGUUCUACUCCCAGUUCAUCGAUGCUGCUCGUAUCGAGGAUGAUACCCAGCGCCGCGACUCGUGCCACGCGCUCAUCAACAGCCUUCCCGAUGCCCACUAUGCCACUCUGCGGGCUGUCAUCCUGCACCUGAACAAGGUCCAGGAGCACUACACCUCGAACCGCAUGAACGCCGGCAACCUGGCCAUCUGCUUCGGACCGACCCUGAUGGGCGCCAACUCCGGCGGCAACAUCGCCGAUGCAGGCUGGCAAGUCCGCGUGAUCGAGACAAUCCUCAACAACACCUUCCAGAUCUUCGAUGACGACUAA